AUGUCGCGCAGAAUAUCAAAAGAGUCACCCAAUAGCUUGGGUGAAAAACAUGGCGGUAUCAGCGGCGAUGAUGUCCUCAUCAAUGGCCGAAGAGGUUCGGCUGACGACAUGCUGGCUGUACUUGGCUACCAAGCCGAGCUGGUUCGAUCCAGGUCAACACUACAGGUCGCUUUCAUGUCCUUCGUCCUUGCCUCAGUCCCAUACGGCCUUGCGACCACCCUUUAUUAUCCACUCAUUGGUGGCGGCCCCGUUGCUGUAAUCUGGGGCUGGGUUGCUGUCUGCCUGAUUAUCCUCUGUGUUGCCAUCUCGCUUGGUGAGAUCACAAGUGUGUACCCUACAGCUGGCGGUGUCUACUAUCAAACAUACAUGCUCAGCUCGCCAAAAUACCGCAACAUUACCGCAUGGAUUUGCGGUUGGGCUUAUUCCCUCGGCAAUAUGACGAUUACACUCUCUGUCAACUUUGGCACGACGCUUUUCUUCAUCGGCUGCGUCAAUAUCUUCACGGAUGCUGACGGAGUUGGUAUCUGGACCGCUACCACAUGGCAAACGUGGCUCCUGUUUGUUGCAAUCACGCUCUUGUGUAACGCAAUAUCUGCCCUCGGCAACAAGUGGCUUCCUCUCUUGGAUACUUUCGCUAUCUUCUGGACCUUUGCCGGGGUCUUCGCUAUUAUUAUCACCAUCCUGGUUGUCGCACGAAAUGGUCGCCACAACGCGUCUUAUGCUCUCGGCAAUUUUACUGCCUCGUCAGGUUGGGUUCCCGGCUGGUCUUUCUUCAUCGGCCUGCUUCAUGCGGCUUACGCCACAUCCGCAACUGGCAUGAUCUUGAGUAUGUGCGAAGAAGUCCGACAACCAGCGACUCAGGUGCCUAAAGCCAUGGUCGGCACUGUCGUCCUCAACAUGAUUUGUGGCUUUAUUUUCCUAGUUCCACUCUGCUUCGUCUUGCCAGCAAUUGAGGACCUCAUCCUCCUGGCUCAGCCCUUCCCGUACAUUAUCGCUCAAGCUGUUGGAAGCCAGGGUGGCGCCUUCGCUCUAUGUGUUCCUAUCAUGGUAUUAGGCAUCCUUUGUGGUGUGGGAUGCACAACUGCCUCAUCACGAUGUGUAUGGGCGUUCUCACGUGACGGUGCUAUUCCAGGAUACCAACUCUGGAAGCAGGUCAAUCACAAACUGGAUGUUCCACUCAAUGCCAUGAUGUUGUGCAUGGUAUGCGAGAUCUUACUCGGUCUGAUCUACUUCGGUUCGACGGCUGCCUUCAAUGGUUUCAGUGGUGCUGGUGUCAUCUUUUUGACAAUUGCAUAUGUGAUGCCGAUCAUUGUGUCUCUCAUCGGACGCCGUAAGGCUUUGAAGAAUGGUGUUUACGAUUUUGGAGCAUUCGGCUACUUUUGCAAUUUUGUUGCAGUCGCCUGGACUCUUCUCGUGACACCUCUCUUUUCGAUGCCAUCGUACCUGCCUGUACCAGCUACUGGCAUGAAUUACGCUUCCGCUGUCUUUGUUGGUGGUGUAGCUGUUUCGGCUAUCUGGUAUUUCGUUUGGGGCAUCAAGAACUAUGUAGGUCCACCUGCAGCGCAGGAAGAGGUCGAAAGGAGGAGAAGCUCAAUCGUCAUCAACCACCACUAA